ACUCAAAAACCGGAAGCUGCUUCUUGCGCAUGCGUCGUUUCAACAGAUUACAAAAGCAUGGAACAGGGAGAGAAAAAACAGGGAGGAGCGAAUGGAGAGGAAGGAGCAACACCAGCAGCAGCAAGAGAGCCAGAACAGAAAUUGGAGUUGAAGAGAUUAAAUAAAGGAGAGGAUGAGGAGGAUGUUUCUCCUGCUAAAAAGCUGAGGACUGAUCACAGCAAGGAGGUCGCGACUCACUACAACACGCUGCAGGAGGUUGGACUCGCCGCUCGAAGUCAGAGCAGGAUCUUCUACAUGAGGAACUUUAACAAUUGGCUGAAAAGUGUUCUGAUUGGUGAGAUCCUGGAAAAGGUUCAGGGAGCGGGGAGCAGGGACGUGUCUGUGUUGGACCUGGGCUGUGGUAAAGGAGGAGACUUGUUAAAGUGGAGAAGAGGAGGAAUCAGCCACCUUGUCUGUGCAGAUAUAGCAGAGGUGUCUGUUGAGCAGUGCCAGACUCGGUACGAAGAUAUGAAAAGGAGGAGUCACGCUAAUGAGAAAAUCUUCAGGGCCCAGUUUAUUGCUGCAGACUGUUCCAAGGAGCUGUUGUCGGAGAAGCUGGACGACCCCAAGCUGAUGUUUGACAUCUGCAGCUGUCAGUUUGUCUAUCAUUACUCGUUUGAGAGCGAGCAGAAGGCAGACAUGAUGCUACGAAAUGCCUGCGAGCGUCUCAAACCAGGAGGCUUCUUCAUUGGAACGACGCCGGACGCUUACGAGCUUGUUAAACGUCUGGAGGCAUCAGACUCCUUGUCAUUUGGUAACGAGGUCUUCAAAGUUUCCUUUGAGUCCAAAGGUUCCUAUCCUCUGUUCGGAUGUCAGUAUCACUUCAACCUUGAGGGCGUUGUUGAUGUUCCAGAGUUUCUUGUCUACUUCCCUCUAUUUGAACACAUGGCAAAGCGGUACAACAUGCGUCUGGUGCUAAAGCAGAGGUUCUCCGAGUUCUUUGAUGAAAAAGUGAAAAAGGACCAACAUCGCAGCCUAAUGAUGAAGAUGAUGGCUCUGGAGCCAUUUCCGUGUGAGGCAGGAGGUCAGCAGGCAACAGAGAACACAGAGCAAUACUGCCAUGCUAAAGAGCACUGUGAUAAAGCUGGAGUGAGGCGGCCAGUGGGAACCCUAAGCAGAUCCGAAUGGGAUGCAACCAGUAUCUACUUGGUGUUUGUGUUUCAGAAAAUGUCCUGAUACUUGAAAACCAGCUCUCAUCACAGCUUACCUCACCUCUUCCUCACUCUGUCUGUACAGUUUAUCUUUCUGUUUUGCUUUUUAGAUAUUUUUCUUUUUUAAGAAAACAUGAGGUUGUUGGAGAAAAAAAAUAAACUGAAAAUAAAACAUGA